AGGACCUGUCAACUUCCGGUGGCCAUAUUGCGGUGAUACAGCGAGUUUUUGUGAGGGAGCUUCAUCAUGAUUUCUUCUCAAGCUUAUGGUGAUAAUGGAAAGAUGAAAGAUUAUCACUACUCUGGUCCAGUGGAGCAUAAAUUCUCUCCUUAUGCUUUCAACGGAGGGACUGUGCUGGCGGUGGCGGGCGAAGACUUCGCUCUCGUGGCGUCAGACACGCGUCUCAGUGAGGGAUACAGCAUCCACAGCAGAGACUCCCCGAAAUGCUACAAACUGACAGACACUACAGUGAUUGGCUGCAGUGGUUUCCAUGGCGACUGCUUGACGCUAACCAAAAUCAUUGAGGCGAGACUGAAGAUGUACAAGCACUCCAAUAAUAAGGGCAUGACCAGUGGAGCCAUCGCAGCCAUGCUGUCCACCAUUCUGUACGGCAGGCGCUUCUUCCCUUACUACGUGUACAACAUCAUCGGGGGUCUCGACGAGGAGGGUCGAGGAGCCGUUUAUAGUUUUGAUCCAGUCGGUUCUUACCAGAGAGACUGUUACAAAGCAGGAGGAUCAGCGAGUGCAAUGCUGCAGCCUCUGCUGGACAACCAGAUCGGCUUCAAGAACAUGGAGAACGUGGAGCAUCUCCCGCUGAGCCAGGAGAAGGCCGUGCAGCUGGUGAAGGACGUCUUCAUCUCGGCCGCCGAGAGGGACGUCUACACAGGAGAUGCUCUCAAGAUCUGCAUCAUCACCAAGGAAGGCAUUCGAGAAGAGGUCGUGCCACUCAGGAAAGACUGAGACGCCAAAACUAGCCUGUUUUUCUUUUUCUCCAGUUGCAUCCUUCAAAUCCGCUGUUCUUUUUAUAUUCCUUCUCGAGAAUAAAUGCGUUACCAGUA